UCUGCUAGGUCUUCUUACUUUCAUUCAUCAAAAAACUUCAAUCUUUUCCAGGAAAACAAAAUUUCAAGCUUGAAAUUUUGAUUCAAACACUUUUCCUUUUCAUUCUCUCAUAAAACUCAAAUCCCAAGUUCUUAUCAAUGGGUCUCUCAGUCGAGAAUUCAGUAACACAAUCCCACACACGAACCCACAAAAUCUUCUUAAUCAGCAAUUACCUUCUAUUGGGAGCCGCCUCCAGUUGCAUCUUCCUCACCCUUUCCCUCCGCUUAUUCCCUUCCCUGUGUGGAUUCUUCCUUAUCCUCCUCCAUGUCAUCACCAUCGCCGCCGCCGUCUUGGGUUGCUCCGUCGCCAUUUCGGGUUCCAACAAACGCUACUUGGCUUACAUGGUGUCGAUGGUGCUGACAUCAAUAUUCGAAGGCUCUGUUUCGGUUCUUAUCAUGACCCGAACGUCGGAUUUCUUGGGGUACUUGAGGUCUUAUGUGAGGGAAGAUGAUGGUGUUUUGAUAUUGAAACUGGCUGGCGGGUUAUGCGUGGCUGUUUUCUUCUUGCAGUGGGUGGUUUUGGGGCUGGCGUUUGUGUUGAGGUACUAUGUUUUGGUGGAAGGCCACGGGGUGGGCAAUGGCGGUUCAUUGAAACAGGGGAAUGGGAAAGUUGCAGAUGAGGAUUUGAAGAACUGGCCUUGGCCUUUCCAAGUUUAAAGAUAGCAAUUAAUCUGUUCUUUUAAAGUCUUCAUUUUUGUUUGGUAAAUCCCACUAUGUUUCUUGGUAUUGUACUGUAUUGCUUGUCUAUCUCUACUGUGUGUGUAAUCAGAUUGGUUACUUAUUCAUUUCAUUAGAGUUCAAUAAA